AUGGGGCCCCUUGCGGCCCCUCUUCGGCCCCGUCUAGGCCCCUUGCGGCCCCUCUGCGACCCCGUCGCCGCCAUCUGCGGCCCGGUCGCCGUCACCUGCGGCCCCGUCGCCGCCACCUGCGGCCCCGACGCCGCCACCUGCGGCCCCGUCGCCGCCACCUGCGGCCCCGUCGCCGCCACCUGCGGCCCCGUCGCCGCCACCUGCGGCCCCGUCGCCGCUACCUGUGGCCCCCCGUCACCUGCGGCCCCGUCGCCCUCCCCUAGCGGCCACGUCGCCGCCCCUACCGGCCCUGUCACCGCUCAGCCGCCCAGCGACCGAGCCGCCGAGCAACCCAGCAGCCAAGCCGCCCACCAGCCCAGCAGCCGAGCCGCCCAGCAGCCGCGCCGCCCAGCAGCCGAGCCGCCCACCUGCCGAGCAGCCGAGCCGCCCAGCAGCCGAGCCGCCGAGCCGCUCAGCAGCCGAACCACCCAGCAGUCGAGCCGCCCUGCCGCCGAGCCGCCGAGCCGCCCUACUGUCAAGCCGCUGCUGUUCCUACCGGUGCGCCCCGGCCCUCCUUCCUCGGACCGGGACCACUUCCUCUCAGUUUGCCCCACCACUCUCACCGUUGACCUCCUCGAGAAAGGCCUCCUAGCAGCACAGAAGAGCAUAGUUGCUGUAGGAACCUCUCAUGGUGACCCUCGCACCCCCGUCUUUGAGGGGUGUUCCCCCUCCCCCCUCUUGCUCUCUGUUGCUUCUGCUGCUGCGGCCGACCUCGUUGGAGGGGCUGGCGGGGGCGGUGGAGGUGGUGGUGGAGGUAGUGGAGGGGGUGGGGGUGGUGGUGGGAGUUGUGGCGGGGGUGGCGGCGGCGGCGGCAGCAGUGGAGGCGGAGGAGGCGGCGAUGGUGGCGGAGGGAGCGGAGGCGGCGGAGGUGGCGGAGGAGGCGGAGGUGGAGGAGGCGGCGGAGGCGGCGGCGGCGGCGGUGGUGGGGCGGGUCGCGACUCCUUGCAGAGGAGUGGCUCAGGUGGUGGUCCGCGCCAGCAGCAGCGGAGUGGUGUGACCCUGUCCCCUCAGCAGCUUCGUGAGUGGUACGCUGCGCGUCAGCGCGGUGGGGGUACUGGUCCCUGCACUUACGUCCUCCGUACCGGCGACCGAGCUGGUGCUGGUGAGGCUGCUGCUCUAGGUGCUAGUGCGUCUGCUGCCCCAGGUGCUAGUGCGUCUGCGGCCCCAGGUGCUGGUGAGUCUGCUCUCUCAGGUACUACGUCAGCUCAGGCCUUACACACCUUCACCUUUGACUCGGGUGCGUCCCGCUCCUUCUUUCGAGACUGCACCACUCUUACGCCGCUCAGUCGGCCGGUUGCAGUCUCCCUGGCGGACCCCUCUGGGGGUCCUGUCCUUGCUAGCUUCUCCACUGUCUUACCGUGCCCGGCAGCCCCCUCUGGCACCCUGUCCGGUCUCUACCUCCUCUCGCUCUCUACGAACUUCGUGAGUGGAGCGGACCUACAGGAUAGGGGGGUUGACCAGUUCACUCCUGCGAGUCAGCGAGUGACCCACUGCACGUGUGCUCGGACAGGCUGA